GAUAUAUCUUCAUAUGCCUUCACAUACCUUCACACACCGUCGCAUAUAUAUUUCACACAUGAAAUGUACGGAAUGGGACAGCCUUGGAAAAUCAUAGACUGAAAUUUAGUACGACACCGGCUGCACACUAGAUACCCCGCCAUCACUUAGCCUACAGUGAAAUCAUCAUUAUAUUUUUUUCUCCAAAUUCUAUAAAUUGAAUUCCUUCCAACAUUGUGACACAAUCUCCUCCAAAUUUCAAGCCACACAAUCUACCCAAACAAUUUACUUCAAAGAUACCACGAUACUCUUGGAAAGUCCUACGUGUAGUAUUUUAAAUAUACAAUAUUUUAUACCACUGAAUUCUCUAGAAAUAAACCGCUUCUGCAAAAUCCAAACGUUAUGCGCCUCCUGGAACAACACAUCGAGCGUGAUGGCUCCGGAACCAUCACUCUUAUGCCGGAAGAACCAGAAGAUAUGUGGCAUGCCUAUAACCUCAUAACUCCCACCGACAUCCUACGCGCCAGCGCCCUCCGCAAGAUUAGCAGAGAGACCGCCACCGGAAGCGUAACCACAACCCGCACACACUGUACCCUAUCCAUCAGCGUAGUAUCUCUAGAUUUCGAUCCGCAAGCCGGUCAAUUACACGUAAAAGGCCGCAUAAGCGAGGAAAACUUAUACGUCAAGGUCGGCGCAUACCAUACUCUCGAUCUGGAACUCAAUCGCAAAUUUACAAUCGCAAAAAUAGAUGGUUGGGACUCCGUCGCUCUAGAUGUUGUGAAAGAAGCCAUACGAGAGGACAAAGAGGGCGUAGUACCUGCGGUCGUGAUGCAAGAGGGAAUGGCCAAUAUAUGUUUAAUCACCGAACAUCAAACCAUUUUAAAACAGAGAAUCGAGACCAGGAUACCGAAAAAGAGAGCUGGGAUGGCCGGAGAUUUUGAUAAUGGAAUGAAGCGCUUUUACCAGACAGUACUCGAAACUCUCCUGAGAUAUGUAGAUAUUACUCAUCAACGCCCAUUAUUACUCGCAAGUCCUGGAUUUGUCGCACAGGGAUUCCAGAAAUACAUACUGGAGGAAGCAAGCAGGACCGGAAAGAAAGCUGUACUAGCCAACAAGAAUAAUUUCGUCGUGGUGCACAGCAGUUCCGGUCAUCUUCAUAGUCUCAACGAAAUCCUCACGAGUCCCGAAGUACUAGCUAAACUCAGCAAUACGAAAUACGCCCGCGAAACCCGAUUUAUGGAUGAAUUCAUGACGAUGCUUCGGAAAGAUGACGGUAGAGCAUGGUAUGGACCGGCUGAAGUGGAGAAAGCAGUUGAGCAGGGUGCGGUAGGAGCAGGAGGGGGUGUUCUAUUAAUAAGUAAUGAAUUAUUUCGAAGUCAGGAAAUAGGAGUUAGAAAGAGAUGGGUCAAAGUGGUAGACAAGGUUAAAAACGAUGGAGGAGAAGCGAGGGUCUUGAGUAGUGAUCAUGAAAGUGGGAAGAGGUUAGAGGGAUUAGGUGGUAUUGCAGCGAUACUGACAUAUCCAUUGGAGGACUUGGAUGAGGAGAGCGAGGAGGAAAUUGAAAAUGAGGAGGAUGCGACGGCGAAGGGAGUACAGGCUAUGGUUAUAUAGUCCUCUAGAUGGAAUAUUCAAGCGAGUAAUAUGUUUGUAAACUCAUGAUCUCAUCUCUUGGGUUAGCGAGAUCUGAGAAUAACGAAAAAGACCA